CCGGCUACCGCGGGCGGGAACGGUCUUUUCGGCGUGGUGGAGGAGGAGGACGCCUGUGUUUGCGUUGGGAACCCGGUCUGGCGCGACCGAACGGUGAGGGCCGAGGGUAGGGCCAGCCGGGGCUUUUUGUCGACUGUCCGUACGGAGUCGGCACUGAGGUCGGGCGAGGCGCGGCGGUUGGGGCCUUGGGCCCUGCUCGGGGCCUUCGGAGGCCGCGCGGGCUCCCGGUCGCUGUCGGGAGGUACCGAGGAGAAUCCGGCCAGGAAGGUCCUCUCGGUGCCUUGUGCUCCCUGCCCACAUCUCUUAGCGCGCUUAGAGGCUCUUGUCGGUCAGCCCACGGCGUGUGUUCGCACCAGUAGCUUUACACUCGCCACGUGGCCUCCAAACUUGGAGAUUCACCAUUGUAAAGCGCCAUACAGAAAACUGGGUAAGGCAGAGAGAAAGUGAUGGCUCAGUCAGAAGGGAACUCUGACUGCAUGACACCUGAAGAAGCUGACAACACUGGAAACCACAGUGAUGACUCAUCUGAAAGCUUAUUUAAAACACAGUAUGUUCCUUUACCCACACAAAAGCAAAGAAACCCUACUGCAAAAUGUGUCAUUUCACCUGUGAACGUUGAAACUGACUCUUCAAGUGACUCCUCUAUAGAACCAAGGCCUUUGACUUUAAAGGCUAUUUUUGAAAGAUUCAAGAAAAAGAAACGGAAAAAGAGGAAAUACAAGCCAAAGUCGAGACCAAGGGAAAGACCACCCGGAAUAAAGAACACUAGAAAUCCUAGGAGGUCACAAAUAGAUGUGAAACAAAUUAAAGACAAAGGAGCUGUGCUUCCAUUCUUAGAAUCUGAAAAUGGAAGAAAACCCUUACCUUGGAAGAAAAUUUUAACAUAUGAGCAAGCUGUUGCAAGAGGAUUUUUUCACCACAUUGAAAAACUCAAGUAUGAGCACCAUCUUAAGGAAUGCUUGGAACAAAUGCAUGCUGGGGAAGAUUUAGAAAAGGAAGACUUUGACAGCCGGAGACACAAGUACAUGGAUGAUGAUGGUCCUCUUUCUCCCAUUGACGAGCCAUUAACAGAAGAUGAGGCAACAAGUCCUGAGUCUGAAUGCGAUAUCAAAUUGGUUCAAAACAGUUGCUUCAUAAUAAGCUCAGAAUUUCCAAAGAGAAAUUUAGAACCAAAGAAGACCAAGAAAGAAUCUGCAUUCUCUAAAAAAACUAAGGGUAAACAUACUGCACAAGAGGGCACGCGGAACGGCAUGGAAAGGAGAUGUACAUCUGACUUAUCAAAGAAGGCCCUGGUAUGCCUUCACAAUGAUUAGUAUGAUGUUAG